AUGCUGAAUUUAGAUAUGCACUUAUACUUUAAUUCAAAGGCAAAUAAUUGGUGCGCCUUGACUCUGAGGGAGACGUGUCUCACAGGAAGCGCGUUCGUUACAUUGAGGAAACAGGCGCCAUUGUGGUUCCAACAUGAAGCGCGAUUAGCCUGAUCACAAUGGUUGAUUUGAGCCAUCAUGGCGUCCAAAACGGUAGAGUUUCAAGACAGUUGUUCUUGCUGCUACGUGCAUCUAGUCGAGCAUAAUUACAGGUUCCCAAACUUGGACAAGGUAGUCAAGAGCUCCAAAGGUAAACAUAAGAUGGCACGGGUGGUGUUCCUCCAUCCAGACCUUGGUAUUGGUGGAGCAGAGCGACUGGUGGUCGAUGCUGCUGUAGCUCUGAGGUCUCAGGGAUGUAGCGUUCAGAUUUGGACGGCCCAUUACGACCCAACACACUGCUUUUCUGAGACCCUGGACCCAGAACUGCCUGUGGUAUGUGUGGGUGACUGGCUACCCACCAAUGUAUUUGGUUACCUGCAUGCCCUGUGUGCCUACCUGAGGAUGAUCUAUGUGGCACUCUACCUGGUCUUCCUCAGCGGGGUGGAGUACGACGUCAUCUUCUGUGAUCAAGUGUCAGUGUGUAUCCCAGUGCUACGUCUGUCCCGUCACAGGAAGAAGGUUUUGUUUUACUGUCACUUCCCAGACCAGCUGCUGACUCAGAGGAAGUCGGCCCUGAAGAAGCUUUACCGUGCUCCCAUUGACUGGCUGGAGGAACGCACCACUGGCAUGGCUGAUAUGAUUCUGGUAAACAGCCAGUUCACCGCAGGCAUCUUCAGGGAGACCUUUCAUGGUCUAAGAGGAGUCCAGACAGAUGUCCUCUAUCCCUCACUCAACACGCGUACCUUUGACCAGUCGUCCACUGAAGCACAAGGCCUGGAAGGGCUGCUCCCUGAGGGAACCUCCUGCCUGUUUCUUUCUCUGAACCGAUAUGAGAGAAAGAAGAAUCUGGGGCUGGCUCUGGAGGCUCUCGCAGCCCUGAGGAGCAGCCUUCCUCCAUGUCAGAGAGAAGGCAUUCACCUGGUGGUGGCGGGGGGCUACGAUGACCGAGUUACUGAGAAUGUUCAACAUUAUACUGAACUGAAAGAGCUGGCAGCGCAGAUCCAUUUGGAGAACUGUGUCACUUUCCUGCGCUCCCCCUCUGAUUCACUGAAGGUGGCACUGCUGCGGGGCAGCGCAGCUGUGCUGUACACCCCGAGCAGGGAGCAUUUUGGGAUAGUUCCUGUAGAAGCCAUGUACUGCUGCUGCCCUGUUAUUGCUGUGAACUCUGGGGGCCCCCUAGAGAGCGUGGCAGACGGGGAGACCGGCUUCCUGUGCAAGCCCACGGCAGAGGCCUUCUCUAAGGCCAUGGAGAGGCUCGUGAGGGAGCCGCAGCUCCGCAGGGACAUGGGACAAGCUGGGAGGAGGAGGGUACGAGAUAAAUUCUCUCUUCAGGCCUUCUCAGACCAGCUGUAUGGGUACAUUGUCAGGCUGAGCCAGUGAUGUGAAAAUUGGAGGGGAGGCAGGAGACAGUGUAACAGUGGAACAAUUAUUUGUUACUGAACUGUGAAUUUUGGACGACUGGGGUGUGCAGAGAGUUGAAGUGAAUUUCUUCUAACAGAGAAUGUAUGUGUAUAUGUGUGGGGAGGGGCGUAUUAUGAGGACAAUCAAUCAGCAUUCCCCUGGAGGGGUUGCUGAGAGGAAAAAAGGACGGAAUCUCUAUACCAAUUAAGAAAAGAGUAACGAGUUUACCUACCCUAUCUCUGGAAACAUAGCACCCCUGCAAGUGUGAACGUGCGUGUGUGUGUGUGUGUGUGUGUGUGUGUGUGUGUAAUACUGCAUGUGUAGCAGCGCAGCAACCAAGAGCCUAGCAAAUGAGUGUACCAAAAGGAUUGAUUGUUAGAGUGAAAUGUUUUGCACUGUGUUUGUUUUUUUCCCCCUUGCUUUUCUACAGUAGUCUUUGUCUUUGUGUGUUUGGGGGAUGAUGAAGAAGUAUGUAGUUACCACUACGUGCUAUCAGGCAGUGCACAGUCCCAGAUCGAUAAACAGGAUGCUUUCCACUACUUCCUGUCCGCCCAGAGCUUUGUUCCCCUCCUCGCAUUCAGAAGAUGCUGGCCUGUCCAUGACUCUUGCUGCUUUGUGGAGGUUAUUAGCAGAUGAUGGUGUUUGGCUUUAUUAGAGGUCUGGCUGAUGGGCAGUGUGUCUUUGUCUGGGUCAUUAUCAACUAGGAGAAUAGCAGAAGGUCAUUGUGUCUGCGCGCUGGCCUCCUCAGCUCUCCUACUGUAUAGAAAUGCUCUUAUUGACAUUCCUGAAGACUUAAUAAACAAGAGGACACAUAGUUUCCUGACUCUUAUGGGGUUUGCUUUGUUGGUAAGUUUUUUUGGCCUUUAAUAGAGUUUGCUAAGGAUUUUUUGGGUGAACGUGGAGGCACAGAAAUGUUGUUAAUGUUGCACCAUCCUUUUUUUCUUUACAUUGAACAGAUUUAUUGUGCCUUGAAUUGUUAAAUGAAAUGUUCUCAGACAAAGUAGCAGCAAUGGAGGUUUAUUUUUGCUCAUUAACAAAGUCAGAGUGACAAAUGUACAAAAGAAGAACCACAGAAGAUCUUAAGUGUCUCUAUCCAUUACUGCAUUAUCAUUUGCAGAGUCUAAGUUGUAUCCACGUCAUUUUUUUUCUUAACGCAAGAGUAAAUAAAUAAUUGGAACAUUAAAUUACACGCUGAUUGGCUAUAGAUCUAAUACUUAGCACACCACACAGUCACUCUUUGAACCUACCUGGUUGCUCACAGCGUGGCCAUAUCGAACAAAUGUGGCAAAUGCUCACUGUUGAAGUACAACAGGUCGUAUUUGAACUCCUGGUGCAGAAAAGUCUUGCAGCAAUUCCUCAUCAUCUCCUGUGGACAUGGAACCAGGUUGUGCUUGUUGUUGUUGUUGACCCUGAUGCAAGUUCCUGGAGGCACUGUGAUCUCCGUAAUGUGCUGUGUGCAGAUUCUGGUCUUCUUCAGAACACAAUCACCUUUUGACUUUGUAACCAUUUGUUAAAGAAGGCUGCGGCAGGCUUUCUGUGUCAUGUUCUCAUCUUAGUAUUACGGGGAAAUAAAGAAAGAAAGUGUAUAAAAGAGAUGAAAUUUCAAUAAAAUGAACCUGCUACAUUUUA